AUGAUGCUUACAUCAGGAUGGAGUAACACGAAUAACGUUCGUUUACCUUUAAUAUCAUCGAAUAUAGGGGAUACGUCUCAACAACAGCAACAACAAAAACAACGGCAGCAACAAGAACAACUACUACUACAAGAAACGCCACGUCGUCCACCAUCAAAUGAUAGUACUCAGUCUAUUGAUAAUGCAUAUUCUCUUGAACAUUUAUUUAUAGCCUUACGUCGUCGAAUAAAACAUAUAGUUCAAACUUAUAAUGUAAAAGCAUUUCAUGAAACAUUAAAAAUGUGUGCACGUCUUUUUAAAUCCUACGCAAGUUAUAAUUUAACUACAAUCGAUGAGUUUGUUCGUCUUCUUAAUAAAAAUGCACGUGAUAAUAAAAAAGUCUUAACCGUUAUUGAUCAAUUUCGUCUUCAAUUAGCUGAACUUCGUCAUUGCCAUUCGACAUUUGAAGCUGAAUUAUUAGUUACAACAUUAGCCAUUGAUUUUCAUGAAGAUGAAUCUGAACAACAACAAUCAAAUUUACUUUUAUCAAAAGGAAAAUUCUCGCCAAGAAGUCGUAUAUCAAAAGUUCGCGUUCGAUAUAUUCGACAAGCAGCAGAAUUGAAAAUACAAUUAAAAAAAAUCAAUGAACAAAUACAAGUUUUACUUCAUGAUGAAUUUUAUGCGAAUGCAUCAACUCUAUGGGAUGAAAGCGAGAAAUAUAUUUCAGCAUCGAUACCAUUUCAUGAUCAUCAUAUGACAUAUGUGCUUCGUCUUAUACCUGAUAUUGUCUUAAAAUUUGAAUAUGCUUUACAAUUAUGUACAAAACUAUUUGAUCUUGAAACAACAAUGCUUGAAACUUAUUCGCAAACAAAUCGUUUCAAUGAUAAUAAUAAUCACAAUAAUAACCAUCUUCAUAAUGAUCACGAUUAUAAUAAUAAUGAUAAUAAUCAUGUCGAAAAUAAUCACGAUCAGGAUAAUCACAAGAAUAAUAGUAUUCAUCAUCAUCAUCAGCAGCAUAAUAAUAUUAAUACUAUUGAAAAUAAUAAUAAUAAUGGUGUUAGUAUUAAAAGUUACACAGGAACAACAUCUGUUACAAUGAUCACGUUGACUCCUCGCUCUUGUCAUAAUCAACAACAUGAAUCGCAAGAAGUCAUUUUAGAAGAUAAUCAUAAGAUAAUAAAACCAAAUGAAAAUGUUCAUAAACCAUCAAAUUUUUUUUCAGCCGAUGUAACAAGUAAUUCAUCAGCUUCAUCAGAUGUUAAAUUGCCAAUUGCUAAUAAAAGUCCCAUAUCAUCCAUAUACCGUAACGAUCCAUUAGAUAUAAUUAGUCAACAUGAGGAUAAUCCGAUAUUUCCUCCAUUAUUUUCAUCAAAUGUGAAACCAAUCAAUCAAAGAAGUGAUCAAAGUAAACUACAAAUACUUAUUGAGCAACUUGAUAAACGUUUAGCUGAUGAAGAAAUAUAUCGUAAACGUCUUCUGAAUUGUGUACAACAAGCAUCGAGAAAAUCAGAACAAAUAAAUCGUUUUCCAAAAAAUAAUAUGCUAACAUUAGUUAUGUCUCAUCAACCAGCUAUUACGGAAUAUCAAAAAGGACUCUAUUUAAGAGAUUAUCAAAUUCAUAAAAGUGUUACUGAUGAAUUAAAUAUUGCACUUCGAGAAACGCAACAUCGAAUCGAUUGGAUUAAUACGGUUCGACAGCGAGCUUUUCAAUGUUUUCGUCAAUAG